GGGGCCGGGGGCGGGGGCCCGUGGGCGGGGGCCCGUGGGCUCCGCCGGCUCCGCGCUGGGCUGGGACCGGUAAAGCACGUGUUGGAGGAGAGAGGAGCCGCGGGUGGAGCGGGGACACGCAGCUCUGCCACGCGUCCGUGGGGCGCAGGAACGCAGCAUCUUUUUGGCAGCGCUGCUUUGCAAACGAGGAGCCAGCCCUUGGCAGGGGUAGGGUCUCAGCACUAGGCUUUGCUUGGCCAGCAGUAGGAGAGGAAGCCCCCGGCACCGCCGGCUUGCCCACCAGCCUCUCUGCUGGCGGAGGACGAGAGGGAGAAGGUGCAUAAGGACAGGCGGCUUCUCCAAGCUGAGCUCUGAGGGGAGAACAGCAGCAGGAUUUCAUUAGCCUGCCUCUUAAGGCAGUGAAGUCUCCAUCCCCUCCCACGCUCCCUCCCCAGCCCGACCCUGUCUGGUGCAGGGGUGCUGGGACCUCAGCCUUCAUCUGGAGCUCCCCAACAAGCUCCAUGAAUCCCUACGGCAACUGCUCUAGCCCAGAGUUCCCCCUGCCCCAGCGAGACUUUCCCGUGGAGCCCAUCAGCCCUGAUCUCUGCAACAGGACUCACCCAGAGACCUUGUUUGACCCCAAGGAUGCCAACCUGACAGAGGAGCAGCUGCGGGAUAAGUACUUGGGACCUCGGCGGUCCAGUUUCUUUGUCCCUGUUUGUGUCAUCUACCUGCUGAUCUUUGUGGUGGGGGCUGUGGGCAACACGCUCACCUGCAUCGUCAUCCUCCGGCACCGGUUCAUGAGGACGCCCACCAACUACUACCUGUUCAGCCUGGCGGUCUCUGACCUACUGGUGCUGCUGCUUGGGAUGCCGCUGGAGCUGUACGACAUGUGGAGCAACUACCCCUUCCUGCUGGGCGCCAGUGGCUGCUAUUUCAAGACAUUGCUCUUUGAGGCCGUCUGCUUCGCCUCCAUCCUCAACGUCACGGCCCUGAGCGUGGAGCGCUACAUCGCUGUGGUGCACCCACUCAAGGCCAAGUAUGUGGUGACCAGGAAUCAUGCCAAGAAGGUUAUUGUCGCCAUCUGGAUCUUGUCGGUUAUCUGCUCCAUCCCCAACACCAGCCUCCAUGGGCUGCAGCCUCUUUAUGUGCCUGGCCGAGGGCAAGUGCCCGAUUCAGAGAUCUGUACCCUGGUGAAGCCGCGCUUGACCUACAACCUCAUCAUCCAGAUCACCACCAUUGUCUUCUUCUUCCUUCCCAUGGGGACCAUCAGCGUCCUCUACCUGCUCAUCGGCCUGCAGCUCAAGAAGGAAAAGAUGCUGGAGGCCUUGGGAUCUAAGUCCAGCAGUGGCCAAGACUGCCACAAUGCCCGGGGGCAGAAGAAAGUCAAGAGGAGGCAGGUCACAAAGAUGCUGUUUGUGCUGGUGGUGGUGUUUGGGAUCUGCUGGGCCCCCUUCCACACCGACCGCCUCGUCUGGAGCUUCGUGUCCACCUGGACCAGCCACAUGCUCCACAUGUUCCAGUACGUCCACAUCAUCUCAGGUGUCUUCUUCUACCUGAGCUCAGCUGCCAACCCCAUCCUCUACAAUCUGAUGUCCACCCGCUUUCGGGAGAUGUUCAAGGAGGUGAUGUGCCACCCCAGCCACCGCCUGCCACAGUCAUGGAAAUACUCACCCAGUGUCACCCGUGCCACCACCCGCAGCACCGAGUGCGAGCCCAUGCCCAGCACCAACGGGCUGCCCCUCUCCGACGCUGAGGAGUACGAGCUGGAGGAGGUGGAGGGGGGCCAGGCCACCACCCACACAACGUCCCUCUGCUGAUGAGCGGGAGAAGGAUGUGGGGGGUACCAGGACGACCUUUCCCCACCACCAGCAUCCAUCUGACUGUGGCACCCAUCCUGUGGUGGAGAGUGUGGGGUGGGGAGUAAUGGAGGGGUUCCCAUCUCUCUGUGCCAUUCUGCCAGGACGCAAAGGCUGGUUUUCUGGGCAGUGCUGCACUGUGGACAUGGUGGCAGUGGACAUGCUGUGCCUUGGAUGUGUUGCACGUACUGUGCUCAGUACCAGGGCUGGGCAAGGCCAGGGCAAUCCUCAUGGUGUGUGGAUGGUUGGCUUCUAUGUUUGGGAUGUGCCAGCAAUCCCCCAAAACAUCCCAACACUCCCAGCCCAGCAGGUGUCAGGCACCCUGGGUUGUUUUAGGACACAAGAGGUGCUCACAGCUGGGCUGAGACCCACGGGGCCAGGAGAGGUUUGCAUGGGAUGGAAUGGGGAAAAAAUAGUCUGUGGGUGCCUUCUCCCUUGAGACCUCCCCAGGGCUCUCUGGCACUCAUGUGCCCCUGAUAUUCUUGCACAUCCUUUCCAUGGUGCCAGCCUGUGCCUGCCUGCAGGGUGUUGGUACAGCUCCUUGCUCACAGCCUUCCUCCCACCACAGCCCCCCACUCUGAGGGUGAGAGAAGCAGCAUAGCCGCUCCCUCCAGAGCCACAGCCUGCAGGGGAAAAUCCAGGACAAUGGGAGCCCCAGGCUGCUGGCAGUGGUGAGGUACCUUCCCUGUGCCCCACAAGUGUGCCUCACUCUCCCGCUCCAGCACAUCUCUUGUGGGUGUGACCCUGCUCUUCCUCAGCCCACUGUAGCCCCCUGCAGGGGGCUGCCCCCAGGGAACGUGGGGAACCCUUCUCCAUCCCUGGCCUGUAUGGGCCAAACCUCAUUGAGAAUUAAAAAAAGCUGUUGGCUUCA